UGAAGACCGGCCCUGACCGAAGGCUUUCGACGACCCGAGAAACCGACCUCUGGUCGUUGACCUGCUGGGCUUACCAAAACCACGCAGUACGUUGCAUCGCCGCAGGUCUGCAUGGGACCGAUAUCUGGGUUUUCUCGAGCACAGAUAUAAUUAGUGGAUGGUUGCGCAAUCAAGCCGCCAGCGCCGGAGCUUCGACAUGAUUCCUCGGCGCUACACUUGCACGACACCCCGAACCGCCGUUAUCGAUUCCUCAUACGCGCCCGACGCGACCGAGACUGCCCCUGGGGGUAAGAAGUGAUUGGCGAAUGCCAUGAGCACCAAGGUUUCACAGGCUUGCAAUGCUUGCCGGGUUCGGAAAGUGAGAUGUAGUCGCACGCAGCCCUGCACGCAGUGCGCUCACCUCAACCUUGCCUGCACCUUUGCGCCCGCACCAGCCAAGCGCAAACCCGGCGUACGCGGCCAUCUGGUUGCUCAGCUUCGCAACAAGACCAUCAACCACGCCGGCAGCGAGGGCACACCUCCCGCCGGCACAACCACAAGCACCGCGCCCGCCGUAACCUCCAUCGCCGGCAUUCUCGACUGGGGCCAUGCCGCCACGCCAUCUCCGCCUCGCUGCUUCGAGCCGGUCCCACUGGCCGCCGGCUUCUCGCAGGAGUUCUUCCUGAGGCUGUUGCCCGAGUACGAGCAGCUCGUCUACCCUGUCAACCCCGUGCUGACUCCCGACGAGAUGCGCUCUGCCAUCGGGAACAUGCACGUGAGCUAUGAGGACGCCGCCCUCGUCCACGCCUUUGGCGCCAUCACCCUCAACCUAACGCAGCCAUCCUGGAACCUUCACGGCAACGUCGCGUCGCAGAUGACGUUGCUCCUUCAGCACAGCCUGUGGGCCUACCGCAAGGCCGACAUGGGGAGGGACACGUCGGCGGACUACCUCCUAAACGAGAUGCCUCUGACGGUGAAGCGAGCCAUGGUCGGGAUAUGGAACGAAUGUUCGCUCAUGGCCUUCAGGCGCUUCGACCGUAGCUUCGCAAGCCUCCGCGAGGCCAUCACCAUGAUUCAGAUGCUAAACAUACACCGAUACUCCGAGGACAACCUCUGUGGGUUGACACGCCGCGAAGUCUCGCGCCAGCAGCGCAUGUACUGGGAAGCCUAUAUACAUGAGCGAUUCCUAUGUGUCAUGUCGGGCUAUCCUUGCACCAUGAUUCCGCUGCGGACGGGCCUGCCCAUCACCGACCCGGACGUACCGCCCCACGUCACGGUAGGCUUCAACCGCCUGAUCCGGCUGUUCCAGAUUAUGGAUGCGCCGUUGCUCGCACACUGGGCCGCCCAGGACAUACCGGACGCACCUACUAUCACGGCCGAGUGGAUCGAGCACAAGCAGGCACAACUCGAUGCCGACGAGGCCGAGACGGCGGAAGCGGCCCGCGACCUUGCCGCCAGCGGCGCCGGGACCCUGAGCGAGGAGCAGCACGUCGACCUCUUUGUCACGCGCCUCUGGCUGCGCACCCUGGUUUGGCAGCUCGCCCUCUCGCACGGCCUUCUCCGGUCGGCACCCCCGCGCGACGCCCACGAGGGUUUCUCGCUGCACUUCCCCGCGCAGCGCCUCUCGGCACAGCUGCGCGGGCUCGUCAGCCGUCUACGCCACACGUCGAGCAUCAUUACUCACGGCAGCGGCAUCCUGCAGAAACUGUUCGAGAUCACCAGCACCGUGGCCGAUGUGCUCGCCCUACCGCGCGGGCCAGGCCAGACUCAGGAAGAGGCCCGGGCCCGCGUGGAGGAUUUUCUGUUCCUGGUCCGCUUCAUAUUCAGCUUUGAGCGCACCCAGAAACAUCAUCGCGAGUACCUCCUAGACAAGUUGACUACCUUGCGGGAAAUGUACACGGUAGUGGAUUUUGGAACAUUGGGAAGGACCCCGGAAGGAUAAUUAAGGGACUCGAGUCGUUGUCCCUCGGCGCAAGAAUGAGCGAUGAUUCAUGUUCCAUCCCAAUAACACUCAUGACAGGUAGAAUCUGCUCGCCGAGAGUCUGAUUUCCUAUGUUCCUAAUCACCGGGCUCAGGGCAUCGCGGCCUUCGUUCUGUUUUUCGCAUUCUCGCUGUUUCUCCUCUUAACGCUGUCCAUUGCCGUUUGUAUCGUCUAGCCAUCAUGUAUAGUACACAUAAUUAGUGUCAGAACGACCGAGGUUUGUCAGACUUGCCUCGUUAAAAUACCCUGACUGUGGUGUAUGUACGCUUCGCGCACCUCUCGU